AUGCAAUUCCGCUCCCUUACUGCCGCCAGGAGCUCCCUGGCGCCGCAGGCAGCGUCCUCCUCCGAAGCAGCUGCGUCUGCACCUGGGCAGCCUGGACCUUCGUGCCCUGCCCCCGGGGCCUCGCGCGGGGGGCGCCCCGGGACACCUCCUGAGGGCCGGGUGGAGGAGGAAGAGGAGGAGGAAGAAGACGUGGACUGGGACCCCUACCCUACGCAGGACACCUGGUCCCGCUGCUGUCACUUCUCUUUAAGUGGGAGAAGAGAGCCGGGGAGAGCCAUGGGGCGCUGCGAAGUCCGGGAAUUUCUUUUGCAAUUUGGUUUCUUCUUGCCUUUGCUGACAGCUUGGCCAGGCGACUGCAGUCACGUCUCCAACAACCAAGUUGUGUUGCUUGAUACAACAACUGUGCUGGGAGAGCUAGGAUGGAAAACAUAUCCAUUAAAUGGGUGGGAUGCCAUCACUGAAAUGGAUGAACACAAUAGGCCCAUUCACACGUACCAGGUAUGCAAUGUAAUGGAACCAAACCAAAACAACUGGCUUCGUACAAACUGGAUCUCCCGCGACGCAGCUCAGAAAAUUUAUGUGGAAAUGAAGUUUACAUUAAGGGAUUGUAACAGCAUCCCAUGGGUUUUGGGGACUUGCAAAGAAACAUUUAAUCUGUAUUAUGUGGAAUCAGAUGAGUCCCAUGGAAUUAAAUUCAAGCCAAGCCAGUAUACAAAGAUUGACACAAUUGCUGCUGAUGAAAGUUUUACCCAGAUGGAUUUGGGUGAUCGUAUCCUGAAGCUAAACACGGAAAUUCGUGAGGUGGGUCCUAUAGAAAGGAAAGGAUUUUAUUUGGCUUUUCAAGAUAUUGGGGCAUGCAUUGCCUUGGUCUCUGUCCGUGUUUUCUACAAAAAAUGCCCCUUCACUGUUCGUAACUUGGCUAUGUUUCCUGACACCAUCCCAAGGGUUGAUUCUUCUUCUUUGGUUGAAGUAAGGGGCUCUUGUGUGAAGAGUGCAGAAGAGCGUGACACUCCUAAACUAUAUUGUGGAGCUGAUGGAGAUUGGCUGGUUCCUCUUGGAAGGUGUAUCUGCAGUACAGGAUAUGAAGAAAUUGAAGGUUCUUGUCAUGCUUGCAGACCAGGAUUCUAUAAAGCAUUUGCUGGGAACACAAAAUGUUCUAAAUGCCCUCCACACAGUUUAACUUACAUGGAAGCAACUUCUGUCUGUCAGUGUGAAAAAGGUUACUUCCGAGCUGAAAAAGACCCACCUUCUAUGGCAUGUACCAGGCCACCUUCAGCUCCUAGGAAUGUGGCUUUUAACAUCAAUGAAACAGCCCUUAUUUUGGAAUGGAGCCCACCAAGUGACACAGGAGGGAGAAAAGAUCUCACAUACAGUGUAAUCUGUAAGAAAUGUGGCUUAGAUACCAGCCAGUGUGAGGACUGUGGUGGAGGACUCCGCUUCAUCCCAAGACAUUCUGGCCUCAUCAACAAUUCCGUGAUAGUACUUGACUUUGUGUCUCACGUGAAUUACACCUUUGAAAUAGAAGCCAUGAAUGGAGUUUCUGAGUUGAGUUUUUCUCCCAAGCCAUUCACAGCUAUUACAGUGACCACGGAUCAAGAUGCACCUUCCCUGAUAGGUGUGGUAAGGAAGGACUGGGCAUCCCAAAAUAGCAUUGCCCUAUCAUGGCAAGCACCUGCUUUUUCCAAUGGAGCCAUUCUGGACUACGAGAUCAAGUACUAUGAGAAAGUCUACCCACGGAUAGCGCCGGCAUUUUGGCACUACCUGCGGGUAGAAGAGCAUGAGCAGCUCACCUAUUCCUCCACGAGGUCCAAGGCGCCCAGUGUCAUCAUCACAGGCCUCAAGCCAGCCACCAAGUACAUAUUUCAUAUCCGAGUGAGGACUGCAACAGGAUACAGUGGCUAUAGCCAGAAGUUUGAAUUUGAAACAGGAGAUGAGACUUCUGACAUGGCGGCUGAACAGGGACAGAUUCUCGUGAUAGCCACCGCAGCUGUUGGGGGAUUUACUCUCCUCGUCAUUCUUACUUUGUUCUUCUUAAUCACUGGGAGGUGCCAAUGGUACAUCAAAGCUAAAAUGAAGUCAGAAGAGAAGAGGAGAAACCACUUACAGCAGAAUGGGCAUUUACGCUUCCCAGGAAUUAAAACUUACAUAGAUCCAGAUACAUAUGAAGACCCAUCCCUAGCAGUUCAUGAAUUUGCAAAGGAGAUUGAUCCCUCAAGAAUUCGCAUUGAGAGAGUCAUUGGGGCAGGAGAAUUUGGAGAAGUCUGUAGUGGGCGAUUGAAGACACCAGGGAAAAGAGAGAUCCCCGUUGCCAUCAAAACUUUGAAAGGUGGCCACAUGGAUCGACAAAGAAGAGAUUUUCUAAGAGAAGCUAGUAUCAUGGGUCAGUUUGACCACCCAAAUAUCAUUCGACUGGAAGGUGUUGUCACAAAAAGAUCCUUCCCGGCCAUUGGGGUGGAGGCGUUUUGCCCCAGCUUCCUGAGGGCAGGGUUUUUAAAUAGCAUCCAGGCCCCGCAUCCAGUGCCAGGGGGAGGAUCUCUGCCCCCCAGGAUUCCUGCUGGCAGACCAGUAAUGAUUGUGGUGGAAUAUAUGGAGAAUGGAUCCCUAGACUCCUUUUUACGGAAACAUGAUGGCCAUUUCACAGUCAUCCAGUUGGUCGGUAUGCUCCGAGGCAUUGCAUCAGGAAUGAAGUAUCUUUCUGAUAUGGGCUAUGUUCAUCGUGAUCUAGCAGCUAGGAAUAUAUUGGUCAACAGCAACUUAGUAUGCAAAGUUUCCGAUUUUGGUCUCUCCCGGGUACUGGAAGAUGAUCCAGAGGCUGCUUAUACAACAACUGGUGGGAAAAUUCCGAUAAGGUGGACAGCCCCAGAAGCUAUUGCCUAUAGAAAGUUCUCCUCGGCAAGUGACGCAUGGAGCUAUGGCAUUGUCAUGUGGGAGGUCAUGUCCUACGGAGAGAGACCUUAUUGGGAAAUGUCUAAUCAAGAUGUCAUUCUGUCCAUUGAAGAAGGCUAUAGACUUCCAGCUCCCAUGGGCUGUCCAGCAUCUCUACACCAGCUGAUGCUCCAUUGCUGGCAGAAGGAGAGAAACCACAGACCAAAAUUUACUGACAUUGUCAGCUUCCUUGACAAACUGAUCCGCAAUCCCAGUGCCCUUCACACCCUGGUGGAGGACAUCCUUGUGGUUAAUGGACCCCACAGCCAGUGCCCAUCAACAGAGCUCUCUAACUGUUCUAUGGCUGUAGAAGCAGGCAGAAUGCCAGAGUCUCCUGGUGAAGUUCCCGAAUAUCCUUUGUUUGUCACAGUUGGUGACUGGCUGGAUUCUAUAAAGAUGGGACAAUAUAAGAAUAACUUCAUGGCAGCAGGGUUUACGACUUUUGACCUGAUUUCAAGAAUGAGCAUUGAUGAUAUUAGAAGAAUUGGAGUCAUACUCAUUGGACACCAGAGACGAAUAGUCAGCAGUAUCCAAACUUUACGUUUACACAUGAUGCACAUACAAGAGAAAGGAUUUCAUGUAUGA